AGCCCAUUUCGCUCUAAGAUUUGUUCGCGAAGUUCACAGCUGUUAUCGCCGUUGACAGCUGGCGAACCAUGUUGCAAUAGUCUGUCACUCAUUGCAAAUCAAAAUGCAGAGGAAUUAUACCUCAUGCCGAUUCAUGUGUGUGUAACUUGGCUGAAAAUAUAAUACGUCGUAAAGUUCAGUAUGGGAGUAGAGACUUUGGGGCCGCUGGCCUUUUGUUUAGUAUUCGUUUUUACAAUUCAAAGUAGCAUAGCGUCUAUGGUUAGCACUGAUUUAGAAACUGAAAAGAAAAUUCAAAACAACCAUAGAAUAGACAGUUUAAAUAUUUUGUUGUAUACAUUCUUGUUAAUUCUGACUGUUGUGACAAUUUGGAUCUUCAAGUACAAGCGUGCAAGAUAUCUUCAUGAGACUGGUUUGGCUGUAAUCUAUGACCCUGAGGUGUUCAACAGGACCUACGUAUACCUCUUCAGGGGAGAGAUACCCAACGCUCAGGAGACGGAGAUAGUCCAGAAGACCCAGAGAUGUCUUAACAGCGCUUACGUGUACCGCUUUAAGGACCCAGAGGUGUUCAACAGGACCUAUGUGUACCUCUUCAGGGGAGAGAUACCCAACGCUCAGGAGACAGAGAUCGUCCAGAAGGCCACAUUUGACCCCGAGAUAUUCUUCAACAUCCUCCUGCCGCCCAUCAUCUUCAAUGCAGGAUACAGCCUCAAGAAGCUUCACUUCUUCCACAACCUGGGCGCCAUCUUUGCGUAUGCAUUCCUCGGCACAGCCAUCUCAGCCUUCACUGUGGCAGGGCUGCUGUACGGCCUCCUCCUGUUGUCCAUGAACCCUCUGUUCACGUUCACGGACUGCCUGUUGUUCGGGACGCUCAUCUCAGCCACGGACCCCGUCACGGUCAUCGCCAUCUUCAACGACCUCCGCGUCGACGUCAACCUCUACGCCCUCGUCUUCGGGGAGAGCAUCCUUAACGAUGCUGUGGCCAUCGUCAUGUCUAGGUGGGCUAGGGACAUGUCUAGGUGGACUAUCGUCAUGUCUAGGUGGGCUAUAGAGGCAUCCUUAACGAUGCUGUGGCCAUCGUCAUGUCUAGCCUGCGGAUCUAAAAUGACNCUCUCUGAGAACUUCAUCUUCAGCUACAUCGGCGUGUCCAUGUUCACCUUCGAACAUCAUCUCUGGGAGCUGGACUUCAUCGUGUUCUCCUUCAUCGCCAUCAUCGUGGGACGCGCGUGCAACAUCUACAUCCUCUCCGGCAUCAUGAACAUCAGGAGGAACCCGCGCAUACCUGCCAGCUUCAUGCAUAUGCUUGUCUUCUCUGGCCUACGCGGGGCGAUGGCGUUCGCGCUGGCGCUACGCAACGCCAGCACCGACGCGCGUAAAGCCAUCAUCACGACCACGUCCCUCAUCGUCAUCGUGACCGUCAUUCUCGUGGGGGGCAUGACGACGCAGAUGAUGACGUGGCUGGGCAUCCCGGUGGAUGUGGAGGAGGAGGAGACACAUCACCUCAACCAAUUCCACCCCAUCCGCAACCAAUACAACGCCCUGUUCGUCCAGCCACGUAAAAUUAACGGUGACGCCGUUAAUUUCACGGUAAUUUACCUGUUUCCCCGAGCUUUUUCGUCUUUUUAG